GCUAAAUUAUGGAGUUUCAGACAGAGUCAGAUUAGCUAUAAUUACAUGUUAGUGGUAUUCUCCACUAAAUGAAUGACAAAGGCUCAACCAUGGGAUUCUUCCGAGUAGCUGGUGCUAAGAAAAUUGUUAUUAUAACACUAGUAUUAGCUUUUAGGCAUUUAAGUCAUGGCUUGCGAAACAUUUCAAAUCCUGCAUUGCUGUGAUUAAGUGCACUGACCUGCAUAGCUGCUGUACUUAACGUUUAUUUUGGGGAGUGGAAGAGACAAGGCACAGGAAUUUAUGGUCUUUGUGAGAAGAUGUCAGCUUGGCUAACAAGCUAAAUUGUCUUGGUUUCCUGGGCAACUGAGCAACAUGCCCCCCCCCCCCCCACACACACACACACACUUUAUGGCUGCCCACUCAGCCUUAACCAGACAGAAGUGGGGAGUUGUGUCUGUAUGUGCUGAGUGUCUGAGUAUCUUUCCUCAGCAACAGGGCAUGGCUGACAGAGGCCAUGACGGAGUUGAGCGAGACGCAGAGGACACAGAUGAGCUUCUUUACACAGAUGUCAACAAUAGCAGCAAUGGGUCUGGACUGGACUCUCCUCCUCCCAAACUGGACCCCUGUGACCUUCUCUUAGAUGCUAUCGAUGCUCAGCUUGGUCAGCUGCAGAUCCAGCCCCAGACAUGUCAGACAAUUUCCAGAGGACACGGUUGCAAUGAUACAGCUCCUCUCAGUUGGAGUCAAUCCCUGAGCAAAGACACAGGGUUUGGGAGUACAACUCAAACAAAUGACGCUCCCAUGUGUUGUCUUGAUUUGAUACACACACCGAAGAUGGACCAAACAUCAGAAAGGAGCACAGGUUUCCGUGAUGGUCCUGUAGCUCAUGAAGAAACUAAACAGAAAAUAGACAGAAGAAUAAAAGACAAAGAGGAAAGUGUGUCUCAUAGGGAACAGGUCAUCUGGAGGCUCAAGAGGCUGCUUGGAGACACAUGUAAUGAGGGAAGGAUGGCUGAAGAAACCCACCCUCCUUCAGACAGCAUCUGCACUGAGGACUUUGUAAGAUGCUUCAGAGACGAGAUGGUCGAAUUGGCAUUGCCAGCUAGCAAUAUGCCGCAACUAGACAAAGAGGGAUUGACUGAGAGGACAGCGAUAUCUGACUGUGACAAUCGCCAGAGUGAACAAAAAGGACACAGUGUUCUUAAUGUCAGAACAUUAAGAACAGCAGGAACAGCAACGACAGGGAAAAGCAGUAAAGACACAGAGACUGCUCACUAUUGUCAAAGAAAGAAAUUGGAGAAAUGUCUUGAUGACACCUACGGAGUAAAUAAAUCAUGGAGUGAGAAAACAGGAGCUGAAGAGAGAUACAACACACCACAGAGGCUUGGUGAUGAUGGCAGCAGAGUACCUGUUCGGAGUUUUGACACCGUGUCCAUUGACAGUGACAGUGACUCAGUCUGCACAGAGCCAGUCAGGCAGCAUAUUCACAGGCAGCCAGGAUGGCGCUCUCUCAUUCAGUCUGUCAUGGUCAUGGAUGACAGCUGUACCAACCACAGUGACUAUGACACACACACACAGGGAAGUGAAGCUGGAUUUACAUCAGGCCAAAGAUCGUCUAAUGAAAAUGUACAAAACAGGAGUUCUUCUAAAGCACAGCGUAAUAAGAGAGAGACUUACAGACUUGUGUGUUCUUUGGGUGACAAUGAUAAGGACACAGAUGAGGAAAUAAAUCACUGGAGCAGGCGAUGCAGGCCUGAAAGAACAUCAGAGAAGAUGCAGUCUGAUUGGGCCAAGAUGAAAGAGCGGCUCUCUACAAUCAGACAAAAAUGUGAGAAAGAGGAGAUGACCCUACAGAGGAAGAAGACUCAGAUAAAUGAUGUUGAGCUCUCCCUCUCUGAACUUCAACAAAGAAGAAAGCAUGCCUUGCAGGAAUUAAAGCGACUGACUGUAGAGACAUCAAAGAUGGAGAAGGAGAAGAGGACUCUGGAGUUUGUUCUAAGAAACAGCAGGGCAGGGCAGGACUCUAUUAGCUGCCAGCUGAAUGAGCUGCAAAGGCAGAGAGAGUCCUGUAUCCUUGAGCCCAGUGUCGUAAUGUCAGUGCUGGAGAGGAAGGAGAUGGACAGACAGCUUGAUAAUGCCAAAACAGAACUGUUUGCUGAACAGCGACGUGCAAGAGAGAAACUAGAGUCCAUACAAGAGAGGCUGGAGGAGACUCGUGAGGCAGAGAGCUUACUGAGGAACACUUGUGCUUCUCUGGAGGAGAAACAGAAGCACAAACAGGAACAGAUCGAGGCAGUAGAGUUUCAAGUAGGCAAACUGCAGGGGGAACUGGGAGAAUGCAGGAUCAGAGUGGGCACUCAGGAGAAGAUGUUGGCCCAAAAGGAGCUACAGGUGCUAGAUUUGCAGGAGCAACGUGAGGCCUUACAAGCAGAGAGAGACGGCCUGAGGGGGGAGCUACAACACAUGGAAAUCCAGCACUGCAAUGCACUGAAAGAGGCCCACGAGCAAGCCCAUAGAAUGAUGGAGGCGGCAUUGAAACAGCAAAAGAAAGAACUGGCUUUGGCUCAUGAGCAGCAAAUCCGAAAGGUCAAUAAGCAGACUGAAGAGGAGAAAGCAAACGCUUUGAAAGAACAAGCUCUGUUUUUCACACGACACAUUGAGGCCUUGAAAAGUUCCGUUCAGCUAAAAGAAGACGAGGCGAAGCAGCUACGGGGUUCUCUGGAGCAGCAGCAGAACCGUGAAGAGGAGCUACAUCUAAAAGCCUUGGAAAAGGUGCUCAAAGCGAUAGAGGAGGAGAGAAUGAAGUGGGAGGCAGAAAAAGUGGAAGCAGUGCAGGUGCAUUGUGGGAUACUGGAGGAGCAGAAUAGAAAGAGCCUGGAAAGCAUGAGGAGUGAGAUGCAGCGAGAGAAGAGUAAAGCGCUGGCUCUUCAACAUGAAGUGGUGGAACUAAAAACUAGUGUGCACGAUAGGGAGAGUGAAAGCUGUGCGCAGCAGAGAGCGCAGGAGUCUUUGCUGGCUGUCAUUUGCAAAUCACUUAAAGAGGAGCACCAGGCUGAGCUGCAGAAGUUGGAGAGACAGAUGGCACAGGUGCAAGAAAACCUUACAAGGCAAUUAUUUGCAGGCAAACAAAGAGAUGUGGUGCUUGUAGAAACUCUGACAUGGUGUGGUCUGCGGUCACAGGAGAGUCAGAGGGCAGUGCUGCGGCUCGAGCAGGCUGUUCAGGUGGCAGAGAAGGAGGCUGACAAGCUCAGAAUAAUGUCAGACGAAAGCGAGAGCAGCCAUAACCAAAUCACAGCUGAGCUGGAACAGCAGCUCAGGCACUGGGCCCAGGAGCUGGGAGCAGAGUGCCAUCAUCUACACCUCUUAGUGGAGCAGAAUGGAGCCAAACAAGGUUCUGCGCAACUACCUCACAGUCCUACAGCAGCUGAGGCUCUUACACACCUCAGAGAGCAGUUAAAGCACUUGAUCAACCGUCUACAGCAGGAGCUUGGUUUACAGAAAGAAACCACUGAGCAGUUGAGAAAAGACCAGGAGCGAGAAUCGAGCAUCCAGAGGCAGCAGCUGAGGAUGGACAGAGACCAAGCCUUGGAUUCUCUAAAGGAGCGUCUCAUUAAGGAGCACAUUGAGGAGUUAAGCAGUCUGAACUGGCCUCGUAUGUGUGAAGGAGGAGCUGAGGGUGGCGGGGUGGCAGCAUCUCUUCGCAAACAGCUGAAGGCCAAAGAGCUGGAGCUCAGGCAGGUCCAGAGGAGCAUGGGUCAGUGGAAGGAACAGACUGCAGCUCGUCUGGCAUGCAAGUUUGAAGAAGAGUUGACAGCUGAAUUAGAGAGAUGCAAGACAAAGUUGUUAAGGGGCAGAAAACCAUCAAAGCCCCAAGAGGAGAGGCAGAGGGAUCCCGAGAAGCCUGACGGAGAGAUGACACUUAGUGCAAAUGAAGCUCAGAAAUCGGUCUGCUCUCCCUUCCUCCGUGCUGUGGACUCUGCUGCCUCCCACAGCCCCUCAGACGUGGCUUCAUUUAAGCUUCUGCGUUACCUCCAGAGCAGAGUCAAGCAGCUCCGUGUGGAAAACCAGGCCCACAGCUGCAGCCCAUCGCCUUCAAACACAAUCCCUUUAGAUUUGUCCGGAUCCUAUCUUACAACAACUCAAAGUCAAGACGUUGCUGGGAUUCAGAGUCACUCAUCAAUCAGGACAGUCAUAAGUUAAGAAACCAUACUGUGUGUGUGUGUGUGUGUGUUACACACCAGUAAUGUAUUGUAAUGCAUUUCAAUGCAUUUUUUGUUGCCACAGAAAUAAAUCAUUUACUGCCACAUGUGCUUAAGAUUGCAGAUUUAAAAGCAGGUCAGAGUGACAAACGCCAUGAGUGAAGAUCUGGUCAUUUAGUUCACGUUGCGGUCUUGAGGCAGUCAGGUUUUUAUGGCGUAAGGCUAUGAACUCUGAGUGAGCGAUAAACUGACAUUUCACUGAUGGUCAUGUGAGUUAUGUCAGAGAACCUCAUAAAGCUGGUCUUUGUGGGAAUCUUUAGUGCAAUCAUAAAUGUUACAAGAUGUUAAAUUGUAUAAUAAAAACAUUCUGUAGAUAACACAAAAUGAUGUAAUUAGAUUUUAAUAUAACAUCUUAGAUAACUUUCUGAAAACGUCUAAUCUUAAUGUAAAAUGAUCCACUGGGACUGACGCCAGAUUUUGUAAAGAUGGCUUACCUAUAAUCACAUGUGCACUCUGGCAGUCAUUUUCAGUUUGUUAGCCAUGCUUCGGUUCACAAGACGCUUCAGCAGAAUGUUGAAAAGGACCACAUAGGUCUAGUGCCUCCAGUAUGUAUUUGACAACUCUCUUCCUGUUUCAGUAAACUGAAGGCGUGACCACAUUUCACCGAUCUUAAAAUCCCUUCAUUGGCUUCCUGUUAAGUACAGAAUUCAUUUUAAAAUGUUAUUUGUUUUUAAGUGUUUAAAUGGCGCCGCCCCAGUCUAUCUGUCUGACCUGCUGCAGCCCCAUACCCCACCUCGCUCACUAAGAUCUCUCGGCCAACAGCUUUUAAUUAUUCCGAAAACAAAAAUGACAACCCGGGCCGACCGGUCCUUCUCUGUUGCUGCCCCUAAGCUCUGGAACAACAUUGCCCUUCAUGUUUGGUUGUCACCUUACCAAUGUUUAAAAA